AUGGAAUCCAAGCUGCUUCUUAUUCUUAUUUUCUACUUAACUGUGGUCCAGUUAAACGUUCAUGGAAGCAAAAUUUGUUAUCAAUGCGACCAGAAACGUCCAUCUCCUUGGUGGAAAUUUUGGGGUGAAAAGAUAACACGAUGUCAUGGAAUUUCGUUUGAAAAAUAUGCUACCAAAACUUCAAGAGCAUUUGGUGCCGCUGUUUUAACAUGCUACACGAAAUUCGAUGAAGCAGGUACCGUUAUUAAACGUGGUGCCUAUGGAUUUGGAGAAGCAUUUGAUAAAACUGUCAAAUGUGGAGAUCGUUUUCAUACAUGUUGCGAAGAAGAUCUGUGUAACAAAGAUACACAAGCACCUUGUCCACCAUCGCCUAAAGCGACAGAGAAGAAAGAAGUAAAAGCUUGUUAUCAAUGUAAAGGUGCUGAUAAUUGCAGACCGGACAGACUUGAUGGAACUGAAAUUCGUACUUCAUCUAUUUUUGGUGCCAAGAAUCUCUACUGUUAUACGAAAUUUGACCCGAAGACUGGCCUUCCUAUUGCUCGUGGUGGUUUUGGAUUUGGUGAAGCAUUCGAUAAAAGUCUCAAGUGUGAUGCUAAAGAUUAUCUAUGUUGCUAUGAAAAUUUGUGCAACACUCAAACAGUUGGUUUUUGUGCUAAACGACACCACAAUUAA